UAUAUUUCAAAUAUUAGUUGCUUCCAGUUGUUUUUGGAUCUGUCGGAAGCACGGACACUCCGGAACUUCUCUAUUAUGUAUCAUAUAAAAACUUAUGGACUGAUUGAUAGAAUCUUAACACAGAUGGUAAAUAAAAGGUGUAUAUGAUCAUGUGUUUUAUUUAGCUGACAUAUUUCCAGUUUUUCGUUUCGAUUCAUCGCUAGAUAUCAUCACUGUUCCUAGCUAUUAACAAACUGUAAAUUCUUGUGAUACUGCGAAAGAAGAAGGAAAUAGUUUCUCGCCGAAUACUCCGUAGCAGACAGAUUGGUGAUGAACAACUCGUUUACUAUCCGGCGUAGCCAAAUAAUAUAAAACAGAAUUGUCAAAAUUGCCUCAAAGUUUACCAUAUCUUUAAUGGCUGCUUUACCCAGACGGAUCAUAAAAGAGACGCAGCGCCUUUUGGAAGAGCCGGUUCCGGGGAUCCAAGUGCAGCCGGACGAAUUCAACGGACGUUACUUCCACGUGGCGAUCGCCGGCCCGGCUGACUCGCCGUUCGAAGGGGGCUCGUUCAAACUGGAGCUGUUCCUCCCUGAAGAGUACCCCAUGUCGGCUCCGAAAGUGAGGUUCGUCACAAAGAUCUUCCACCCCAAUAUAGACAAACUUGGCAGGAUAUGCCUGGACAUCCUAAAGGACAAGUGGAGCCCGGCGUUGCAGAUCCGCACGGUCCUCUUAUCCAUCCAGGCGUUGCUCAGUGCGCCCAACCCCGAUGACCCUCUCGCCAACGACGUCGCGGAACUCUGGAAGGUCAACGAAGCACAGGCGCUCAUCACUGCCAGAGAAUGGACUAUCAAAUUCGCCCUCGGGCACAAUUGACGCCCUCGUCCCUUUCCACCCAACGUCGCACCGCUUUUACUCAAACGUGUGAUCUAAUAGGAUAUACAAAUUAAAAAUAUGUUUUUUUAAAAUAUGUUUUCUUUUUGGAAAUAUGUAAUUCAUAAACUACUAGGUCUAAAUAAACGAUUUUAGAUAUUUAAACAUUAGUGACAAAGAAAUAGCUGAAGUG